AUAAUUAGUUAAAAAUGUGGGACAACUGAGUGCCAACUUUUACAUAUCUUUCAACUAUAGACACUCAUUACCAUCUAUUUGGGCUCUGGAUAAUGAGAUGGAUUUAAUAUGCAGAAGGUUAUCUGGCAAGGCUGAGGCCUUGGGACAAACUGAGCUGAGGGCUCCUCAAUGAAUGGAUAUGUGGCAAGCAGUGCAGAGAUGAGAAAGAUCGGCUUAAAAGUAUGAAAGCUCAUACAAUAGAAUUGAGAGACUUUAAACUACUUCUAGCAUCAGACUCUAUGAAGGUCAGCCCUCUCUAUGAGGCUCCAUGUGUAAACCCUGCUUGUUAAUUGUUGCUUCUAUGUUCUCAUGUGUGAAGAGUUACUCCAUAGGCCUUAAGCUUCCCUCCCUUGGCACCAGAGAAAUGGACAAAAAAAAAAUAACAUGAAUGUUAGCAGGACUAUGACCCACACUAAUAAGGGAAAUAAGCUUUUUCAUCCCAGAGACUGUCCCUAAGAGCCAAGCCAACUCUGUUCUUCAAAGUGUAAUUCUCAGGAUUAGAAAAUGAGCUGCCUUAGUAAUGAGGUCUCCAGGCGCUCUGCUGUUUGUAUUGUGUCUUCUGCCAUUAUCACUUGGGAAUAGUAAGUGUUGUUUUGGAGACAGAGAUAUCUAGCAUUGGGGACAGACAAUUUGUACCUUAUUAAAAAACACCUAAGCCAAAGUUAAUGCUUUGUAAGCCAAAGUUAAUGCUUUGUGACCCAAAGAUGAAAUUCUUCCAGGGGAUGGGCUUGUGAGAAUCUGGGGGAACUUAAUGUGACUUCAUGACUGGGAUCAGGCACAGCAAGACUGAGAUAGGCAUUAUUUCCUUCCUCUCUAAAGUUUCUUGAGUUAUCACAUUCUUGGUACUAUCUAAAGAUUAGCCAACAAAGGAGGAAGAACUAUAACUCUGCUCAGUAUGACAUUGGUGACCCUCUGCUAAGGAAAUUCAUAGGCUCUUCAGUACAUUAACGUGAUUCUAUAAAGUAAUUGUUAGUAAAGUAACUGAUGGGUUUUAAAUAAUUUUAGAAAGGGCAUUGACAAAAAUCUGAGAAACAUUGUAUAACUAUCGGUUAAAAAAAAUCCUUAACCUAUGAUUGCAGGAAGUCAAAUUUCCAGAGUGGUGGAUAUCAUUCAGGCACAAGCACAACUCUCUAGAAGACUCAAGAAACAGGCUACGUGAAAUUUUGAAAUAUGAAACACAUUAUUAUUGCCUCCUGUACCAUCGAGCAUCAGAAUGGAUUCCUUCUAUCUAACUAUUUGUCUGUACCUGCUAACCAACCUCUCUUCAUCCACAACCUCACCAUUUUCAGCUUCUAGUAACCAUCAUUCUCUUCUCUACCUCCAUGAGAUCAACUUUUUAAGCUCUUGCAUGUAAGUGAGAACAUAUGAUAUUUUUCUUUCUGUGCCUGGCUUAUUUUGUUUUAAAAAUUUAUACAUAAUAGUUGUAUGUAUUUACAGGGUACAUGUAUUUUGGUACAUGUAUAGAAUAAAAAUGUAUGGGAGAUUUUUUAAAAUUCAGGAAACAAGAGGAUAAGUAAGUUUUCUUCUCCAAAGAAAAAAUGUAAACAGUACACUCAUCUGGGAUUGGGUCAGGAACAGGACUGUUUCACAUUUUUUUGUAAUUUAUUUGAAAGUGAGGAAAGGCAAUACAAAUUUCAAAGUCAAUGAGAUUACCUGAAUUUUGAGGUUUCGGUCUCUCUGUACCCUCUCUACAUUUUUAUCUCUCAUUUUUCCCUCCUCACUACUCUCCUAGACCUUAGAUAAGUGACCCCAUCCUUGACUACAUUUUAAACUUCCCCAUUCCACUCUACAUCCCUUUACUGAUUAUUCUCUUGGAUGGAGCUGGGAUAGCAUUUUUGGGGGGUGUUACCGGUUUAACUAAUGAUCUGGAGAAGAGGGAAGCAAAUAUUCGAGGCCACAGACAUGAAUAAGAUCUUCUAGUUGGUCAAAUGAAAUUAUAUUUUGAAAAUAAUGUGAACUAAUUUUACUGUAUGCAAGUAUAAAGAAACUGUGAUUUCACAAUGAUGGGCUCCACACUAUCAAUUACAACCCAGGCAAGGGAUCUAGAUGUCACUGCAGAUUGUUUCUAGACAUAUUAGUUGGAUGAACUACUAUGACCCGAGGGAGAAGUAAAGUAUUGGGCAUCGUCAAGAAAGGGAUUAGAGGAUUAGAGGCAAAACUGAAAAUUAUAUUCAAUUUAAUCCACACCUGUGUUAGGAUAAUACAUGCAGCAGUGCGUGGAUUUGGUCAACACACUUCAAGAAAGAUUUUAAAAGAGCAUAAAAAUGUCCAUAUGAACAACUGGAAGGGAAAUUAUAACAAUUAUAAAGUUAAGACUAGAAUAAUCACAUAUUUGUUUAUAAAUCCAGAAAUAUUAGAUUGAAAACCCUUCACCCCUACCCCUGAUCGUCUUAGAAAUUUAAGCUUGCUAAUUGGGGGAAAACAAAAAAGAAAUAACCGUGACUUCUAAUAACACUGGUAUUUAUUGAGAGUUUUCUAUAUGUCAAAUCCUAGGUCAAACUCUUCAAACAAGUAACCCAUUUAGUUUUCAUGGCAACUGUGUGAAAUAUUAAAAUACUCAAUUAACAAAUGAGUUAAAUAUUAGGGUUAAGAUUCCAAGGAGCUAUUGAGGAAUGUAUGCAGGAGAGCUCUAUGAACAGGGUUUUGAAAAAAGUGUAAUGUCAACAUCCGGGAAAAAGACUAAUAUCAACCAAAAUGAGACCGAUUCGUUGGGAGGCCAUUGUGGUGAUCAUAGAGGAUGGUGAUGGCAGUCAGUAGCUGGGUGUUGGUGAAAAGCAUGAAAAGGAGGGGACAGGAAGAGAGAAUUUCAGGAGGCACUGUCUUUGUGUGGAAAAGGGAAGGGUGGUAAUCAGGACAGUCCUCAGCUUUCUGAUUGGACAUAAUGGUUAAACAUGGUGAGUUUUAUUAGGAGUACAUGUGGGCUUAAGGAGCAAGGUUAAUCUGUUCCAGUAUAAUCUCUCAUGCUGGGUCUACUUGAGAUAAGACAAAAAGAAGGUGGAUCAGCUUAUUUCUAUCCCCAGCACAGCUUGGAAUAUGCAUGAUUGAAGCGAAAAUAGGGUGAUUUGUCCUUCUCUGAUUAAAUGAAUAUUGUCUUUGCUCUCAUACUAGAAAAACCUAUUCCCACGCUCAGAUGCAUUUGCCAGCUUUUCUACCUAUGGUUAGAAUUCAAGGAGACAAUCUAAAUAGUGCAGUGCUAUAUCAAACCAUUUUUCAUGAUUCUAGAAGAUAUUUGUUGCAAGGUCUCUAGAAAAAAAAAAUCAGUAGAAGUGUUCCCUUUUCUACUCUUUGAUGGUCAUCACUGGGAAUGUUAGAUGCAGGGCUUAGAUAAACAAAGACCGGGACCUAGGGUUCUGGGAAGGAGAAGCACUCAGGACUCUCAUGGAGCAUUUGGCACUGAAAACUGCUGACGGUGUUAAAAGGAUAUCAGUCUCACAUAUUUUAUCCUUCACUAUUCCUCAUUGGAUCUUUGGGAAUUCAGGAGUGUGCUGAGAAGGAACUCUAGAGCUGGGCACAUUUGAUGUAUUGCCUGCUUCUUCCUGGACCUCGACCCACUUCUUCAAUGGCUGGGUAGUUGUUUGUUUCUUUUUUUAAACAGUUUUAUUGAAGUACGAUGGAUGUAUAAUAUACUUCAUAUAUUUAAUGUAUACAACUUAGUGAGCUUGGCAAUAUACAUACACCCAUGAAACCAUCAUCAUAAUUAGGGUAAUAAACACAUCUGUCACCUUUAAACACUUCCUUGUGUCCCAUAGUUUUUUGUUUUGUUUUGUGGUAAGACACUUAACAUGAGAUUUGUUAAGAUGCUGUCAUCUUAACAAAUUUUUAAGUGCAUAUUACAAUAUUGUUGACUAUAGGAAUUAUGCUGUACAGCAGCCCUUUAGAAUUAAUUCAUCUUGCCUAAUUGAAAUUUUACAUGAAUUGAACAACCCCCCAAUUCCCCUUUCCUGUUUCCCAGUAACCACCAUUCUAUUACCUGCUCCUAUGACUUUGACUAUUUUAGAUACCUCAUAUAAGUGGAAUCAUGCAAUAUUUGUCCUCCUGUGACUGGCUUAUAACACUUCACGUCCUCCAGGUUCAUUUCUGUUGUUGCAAAGAACAGAACAGUUCUUUUUUUUUUAAGGCUGAAUUCAUUCAUCUGUCAGUGGACACCUGGGUUGUUUCCACAACUUGGCUAUUGUGAAUGGUGCUGUAAUGAAUGGAAAUGCAAAUAUCUCCUAUAGAUUAUGAUUUUAAUUCAGGUACAUGAGAAGAUUUUCAGCGUCACUAAUCAUCAGGGAAAUGCAAAUCAUCGCCACAAUGCAUUAUCACCACAAUGCGUUUUCACCACAUAACAGGGUGGCCAGUAUUUAAAAAACAACUAUUAUCAAAAGAUAGCAAGUGUUGGUGAGGAUGUUGAGAAAUUAGAACCCUUGUGUACAGUUGCUGGGAAGGUAAAGUAAUGUAGCCGCUAUGGAAAACAGUAUGGAUGCUCCUCUGACCUCCAUAUGAUCACACUUCAGAGGAAGCACACCUCUGGAUCAUAUACCUCUGCAUAUAUGAUAAAAAAAAAAAAUAGAACCAGGGAGCUGUUUCUACAGACCUCUUUUAGUUUGUUACUGCUUUCUGACCUCUAUCUCUGCUCUCAAUCCUACGGUCCUACAGUAGCCUUCUAUGCUUCUGAAGAAGAAGGUGGGCACAGAUGAUUAUUCUGAGCAAAUGGCCAACAACAGCUCUAGGGCAUUGCUCACAGGAUGGACAUGUUCUUCAAUGAAUGCCUUGGCCCAGCCUGCUCUGUUUCAUGGUUAACUCAUCACACCUUUCUUUCCUCUGCCCAGCUCUUUCACACCUAGACCUACCUCAAUGGCAAAGCCAAAUUCUACUUUUGUGACUGAGUUCCUUUUUGAAGGUUUCUCCAACUUCAGGUGGCAGCACAGACUUGCCUUCUUUGCCGUCUUUCUAACUUUGUACCUGCUGACUCUCUCUGGCAACGUGAUCAUCGUGACGAUUAUUUGCCUGGACCAUCAUCUCCACACACCCAUGUACUUCUUCCUGAGUAUGCUGUCCAUCUCUGAGACCUGCUACACGGUGGCUAUCAUUCCCCGUAUGCUUUCUGGUCUCUUGAAUCCUUACCAGCCCAUUGCCAUCCAAGGCUGUGCCACUCAGCUCUUCUUCUAUCUCACUUUUGCCAUCAACAACUGCUUCCUUCUCACAGUCAUGGGGUAUGACCACUAUGUGGCCAUCUGCAACCCCCUACGGUAUUCCGUCAUCAUGGGUAAGAGGCUCUGUGUCCAGUUGGCAUCUGGGUCACUGGGGAUUGGCCUGGGCAUAGCCAUUGUCCAGGUAACAUCUGUGUUUGGCCUGCCCUUCUGUGAUGCCUUUGUCAUCUCCCACUUCUUCUGUGAUGUGAGACCCCUGCUGAAGCUGGCCUGCACAGACACCACUGUCAAUGAGAUCAUCAACUUUGUUGUCAGCAUCUGUGUCCUCGUGCUACCUAUGGGCUUGGUCUUUAUCUCCUAUGUCCUCAUCAUCUCCACCAUUCUUAAGAUCGCCUCAGCUGAGGGUUGGAAGAAGGCUUUUGCCACCUGCGCCUCCCAUCUCAUAGUGGUCAUCAUCCACUAUGGCUGCGCCUCCACCAUCUACCUGAAGCCUAAAUCCCAGAGUUCCCUGGGACAGGACAGACUCAUCUCAGUGACUUACACUGUCAUCACUCCCCUGCUGAACCCCGUUGUGUACAGCCUGAGGAACAAGGAGGUCAAAGAUGCUCUGCGCAGGGCUGUGGGGCAAAAUGAGGAGAGGUUGUAAAGGCUUUUUCUUUGAGUUUAUACAUAUGUGUUAAUAUUUCAUGCUCGUUCAACAAUGCCCUGAUGUAUUGGAUCAGGAAGAUUAGACUAAAUUGAACCGAGUGCUAAAAUUGGAAGUUUCUGUUUGAGGUUAUCAUGAUCUUCUACGCUCUGCUCUAGAACAGUUGGAAAAUAGUUCAGCAUACACUUAUGAAUGUAGAUAAAAAUGCAAGCCUGGAUUGUGCAUACCUGAUGCACUCUCGUACACAUAAACACAGCGACACAUACCCUGAGAAUAUUUCAAGUUAUGUAACUCCAUUAACACAUAAAGUCCAGCAGGGUUCUAAAAAGCUAAUGAGCAAAAUGUUUAGAAACCACUUCAGAAAGAUUUUCUAGUUGACUGUUAAGGGUGUCAGAAUAAUUUAUGCCACAUUUUUAGCAAAUAAGUUAAAAGAUACACACAUGUAUGCAUUUCUGUGAACAUUGAAGGCUUUCUUGUAAAUAAAAAAAAAACAAGCAAACCUAAAAAAGCUAGAGACAGACCUUCCAAGUUGAUGGAACUGCUCCAACUGACCUGGUAGUAAAGAGUGUAGGCCGGGCGCGGUGGCUCACGCCUGUAAUCCCAGCACUUUGGGAGGCCAAGGCGGGUGGAUCACGAGGUCAACAGAUCGAGACCAUCCUGGUCAACAUGGUGAAACCCUGUCUCUACUAAACAUACAAAAAAAUUAGCUGGGCACGGUGGUGCGUGCCUGUAAUCCCAGCUACUCGGGAGGCUGAGGCAGGAGAAUUGCCUGAACCCAGGAGGCGGAGGUUGCGGUGAGCCGAGAUCACGCCAUUGCACUCCAGCCUGGGUAACAAGAGCGAAAUUCCGUCUCAAAAAAAAAAAAAAAAAAAAGAGUGUAGUUGUAGGAAAGGCAAAAAGCAUCAACUACAGAGAACACAGACUUGAACUGUCCAUACUCCUGAGAUGCCCAGAUCAGAAAACUCAGACAGAAAAGAAGAACUUGCUGAAAAGGUUAACACUUUUCAUACAUUCAACACAAGAGUUAAAAGGAUGGAGGUUGAAAGGUUCAGCAAAAGUAUAGUUCAUUUUGCCAGGUUGACAUAAAACUCUCUGUAAUAGUGUUAUAAACAUAAGUACUUUAACUACAGCUUCUGAAAAGAAUUAUUAAUGAACAGAAAUCUGAUGCAUGACUUAAAAUUUUUCCAGUGAGCUCCUAAGCCUGCAGGGGUAAAUUUUCAGAAGUUUUUUCUUUUAUACUCCCAACUUUAAACCUGAGUUAUAAACAGCAUUUUAUGUCUGAGCAUCACAGAAAGUGAAAAUAUAUGUUCUGGUGCAAGGAA